AUGUACAACACUCAUACAGAUAUCUGGGUGGCAGGAGCAUUUGCCGCGGUAGUCGUCGACUUCGUCGUCUACCCCUUUGACACCCUCAAAACCCGCAUCCAAUCCCCGAACUACGAAAAAGUAUUCAAAGAUGCACGCACAGGAGCAGUACAGCGCAACGUGUUAUUCAAAGGACUAUACCAAGGAGUCUGGAGUGUUGUAUUUUCAACAAUACCAUCAUCGGGCGCAUUCUUCACAACCUACGAAACCGUAAAAAGCAUCUUACACAAUUCAUCCAAAUCCAGUCAAAACAGAAAUCGAUCUUCAACAAAUGGGACCCUAGACAAAUUCCAUCUCCCAUUCACACAUUCCCUCCCAACACCCAUAAUGCACGGAAUCGCAUCCUCAACCGCCGAGAUGAUAUCAUGCCUCAUCCUCACACCAGCGGAAGUCCUAAAGCAGAAUGCGCAGAUAAUCAACCAAUCCCAAUCAAACAAUAAAAGCACACUUUCAAAUGAAGGCAAAGACAAAGGAAAAGGGAACAAGUCAGCUAUGCGGCAGGUUAUCUCCAAAUUCAGACACCAUCCCUGGCGUCUCUGGAGCGGAUAUACUGCAUUGGUUAGUCGCAACUUGCCAACGACAGCCCUUCAGUUCCCAAUGUUUGAAUAUGUCCGUUCCCGAUUAAUUGAACGGCGACGACGACGGAAAGCAGAAUCUGCUAGCCGUGCUGGGACCCGCCAUGAUACAUCAGAGUCAGGGCAGUCUGAUCAGUUGAUUGAACGGGCUGGAUUGACUGGCCUUGCAGCUGCUAUUUCGGGGAGUAUUGCUUCUACUGUUACUACGCCAAUCGAUGUUGUUAAGACUAGAGUUAUGCUUUCGGCGAGUGAGAGAUGA